UCUUAAGCGAUUUUUCAUUGCCUAAUUUGGGAAUUCUCCUAUGUUGUUAUCCAACUUUUGGUGUCUGCAUCUGCUAUUGGGUUUUGGUUAUCAGUGAAAUUUUGUUUGGUUUCUGAGAAAGUGGUGAAAGCCUUGGAAAAUGGAACUGAGUUUUGAUUUUUUCCUUCUUUUCAAUAACUUCUGCUGUUAUCCAAAUUUGUUGUCAGUGCAAAGUGAAAGCACAUAUGAUAAUUCAUAAUUGUAUUUGUUUCCUUUCAUUUGCUUAGUAUUAGCUAAAAUUUGCAAGUUUAGGAUAGGAAUGUGUACCUAUUUCAAGUGAGGUUUGCGGUUGACAGAUUCAAGUCCCUGGAGCAAGUAUGGGUCUUGAGGAUCCUCUUUCUGCGGCUGAUGAGACGGAUGUAGCAGCAGAGACUAUUGGAAAAAGGGGUUGCCCUGGUAAGAAAAAUGGGAAAAUUCCUAGAAGAAUUCACAAGGCCGAGAGGGAAAAACUGAAGCGGGAGCAAUUGAAUGACCUCUUCCUUGAGCUAGCCAGUGCUCUCGAACUUACCCAACCAAAUAAUGGGAAGGCCUCCAUUUUGUCUGAAGCUGCUAGAUUGUUGAAGGACUUGCUUGGUCUGAUCGAGUGUCUCAAGAAGGAGAAUGGAUCUCUGUUAUCUGAAUCUCGCUAUGUAACAAUUGAGAAGAAUGAACUGAAGGAAGAAAACUCUGCUUUAGAUACUGAGAUUGAGCAAUUGCAGAGUGAACUGGAAAAAAGAGUGGCCCUAUCGAAACCUGACCUUAAUGUGCCUCCUCCUGAGUUUCACCAUCCUCGACUGACACCACAUUUUCCUGGGGAGUCACUGGGGUUGCCUGCAGCAGAAGCUACAUUACAGCAAGCACCAGCUGUCUUUGUUGUCCCCCUCCAUCCUGAUCUCCAAGCUUAUCCGAGGACUACCUCGAAUGUGAGUAAACCACAUGCUAGGUAUCCAACGCCUGCAGAUUCAUGGCCAUCCCAACUUCUUGGGGAGCAGGAGCAGCUAACAGCCAGGAAGGAAGUUCAAUAGCAUCCUUAUUUAUUCAUCAAUCAGCAGUUGCCUUUUGUAGAGUUGGUAUUAUAUUGCAUGUUAAUGUGGUAAAAUAAUUAUGGUUGAUUGUGAAUUUCGGCCUUGGAUUGGGAAUGGUGAGCUCCAAAUGUAAAAAAUACCCUUUGCUCCCAAAUCAAAAUUUGACUUCAUUA